AUGGCGAAAAAACUUCAUGAAAAACCGAACGCCGCAAAACACGUGGACACGCGCUCGUAUUCAGGCUUUCUAGAGAGGCUGAGGUCAGGGGAAAACGUGAUCGUAGCGGAGGGAUAUCUGUUCGAAUUCGAGAGAAGGGGCUACCUCAGAGCUGGAAGUUAUGUUCCUGAAGUUGUCCUGGAAUAUCCGGACAAGGUCAAAGACCUACAUGAGGAAUUUGUCCAUGCCGGAAGUGACGUUGUCCUAGCAUUUACGUAUUAUGGACACCGUGAAAAGCUUAGACAUGUUGGACGUGAGAGUGAUUUGGAGAAGUUGAACGUUACUGCUCUGAAAAUUGCACGCCAGGUGGCAGACAAUACAGGAACACUGAUGGCGGGAAACAUCUGCAACACGUGUAUGUACGAAGCCGACAAUCCUACAGCGAUAGAAGCAGCACGAGACAUGUUCAAGGAACAGAUAGAAUGGGCAGUAUCGGCUGGAGCUGACUAUAUCGUGGCUGAAACAUUCAACGCUUUGGGCGAAGCCAUGUUAGCACUUGAAUGCAUAAAAGAAUAUGGAAAGGGAGUACCUGCUGUUAUCACCAUGGCAAGCUCGAUUAAGGGUCUGACAUCAGAAGGCUUGACCCAUGCGGAGGCAUGCCGCCAACUGGAGGAGGCAGGGGCAGACGUGGUCGGACUCAACUGUACGCGUGGCUGUGCCACAAUGAUGCCACUCAUGAGGGAGAUACGACAACAGUGUAAAGGUCCGAUAGCCGCUUUGCCGGUCGUAUACAGAACCACGCCCAUCCACCCUACCAUGCAGUCACUCACAGUUCCGGAGACAGGUCAAUAUGCCUUCCCGAUAGACCUUCCGGCAUUCGCCUGUUCACGGACAGAAGUUCGUGAGUUCGCACGGGACUGUCUGAAAACAGGGAUACAGUACGUCGGAUUAUGUUGCGGAAAUAGUCCGCAUUACAUGCGGGAGAUUGCUGAGGAAUAUGGAAGAAGACCGCCGGCCAGCAAAUACUCCCCAAAUAUGUCUGAACAUUACGUAUUCGGAAGUAACGUCAAAGAAUACCAUACCAAAACAUUACUUUACGAGCAAAGGAAAUGA